CCAAAGUUCCGCUAUCAGCUGCAGAACACAAGCUCGGAGGCCGAGACCUUGGCUAACGAAUCCUCGGCUCACCUACGAGGCUUUCUAAACACAAUGUUUGGGGGUCUCACCCCCGAAGGCUUGGCGGGCUUUGACCCGUGGGUAGGCCUUUUCCCGGAUCGCAUAUUAGAAGUUCGGCCAUCGCCCCUAGUGACGCCUGAGAUGAUGAACUACUAUGUGUGCGAGUUUUCUCGUCACGGCCUCCAUGGUCCCAUAAACUGGUACCGCACACGGUCCAUUAAUGGGGAGGAAGAGUCUCGUCUCGCCAAACAGGUGGCAACUUUCAAGUUCCAGAUUCCUGCUAUGUUGGUCAUGGCUGGUCAGGAUCCUGCGCUGACGCUGGAUCUAGCUGAUGGCCAAGAGCAGUAUUUCGAAGCAGGGUUGAAAAAUGGGAUUGUCGAAGAUGCUUCGCAUUGAAUUCUGAUCCAUUACCCUAAGGAUUCAAAUAAGUUCAUCGGGGAGUUUGUGAAGGGUGUUCUGGGUGAGGAAUAGAAAUAUGUGCC